AUGGUGCAAGGAAAACGAGAAGAGCCGAUUCCCGUGUGGAUUGAUCCCAUCAACAUCGAUAUUGAUGAAGAUUUCAAUAUCUUCAUGGACACACUUUUCGGUCACCCGAUGCGACACAAUUUUUCGCCCAUAUCCAUUUCUCCAACAACUGAAGACUUCGCCACCUUUCCCAUAUCAGACGACAAAGCACAGCUUCUGAUCGAUACACUUCUGGAUAACAAGCCUUACGAGAACUCUGCCCAAAUUCUCAACAUCCAAGAUAUCAAGGUCGUUGCAGUUCCUCCUGUGAAAUCUAAAUCAUGUGGUGUCUCAGGCAUACCAACACCGAAAUCAAACCGUCGUCUGCGUCACAGAAUCAACAUUGAUCCAGUAGGUAGAGAUCAGCGACGCAAGGAUAAGCAACGUGGUUAUGAAAAGGGCUACCGCAGUCGUAUAAAGACCAAACGAGAAAAAGAUGAGGCCGAAUGGAUUCAAUUGGAAGCACAAAUUCGCAAAUUACUGGCCAAACGUACGUCAAUUGUCUUGACCGAGAUUCCUGAUAAACCAAACAAGAUGUCGACUUUGAGUAAGAAGCAGCAGUACUUCCAACUUCUUCAAGAAGAAAACGCUCUUCGAGAGUCUUACGCACUUGAACGAUGUUAUCUGGCCGACAACAAAGCCCUAAAGCUCUACAGCGGUGGAACCGGUUCCAGUCGAACGAUUCGCGAGCAGUUGAAUAGCCUCCCAAGCUUGAGAUUAUGCCAUACUUUUGAUUUUUCGUGGUAA